AUGGAUAUAAAGACCUUGCUGGACAAUCUUCAUGAUGAAGUAUCCUGUUCAGUGUGCAAGUGCGCAUUCACUGAUCCUAAACAGUUGCCUUGUUUGCACAGUUUCUGUCUUCAUUGCCUGAACGGAAUUCAACGAACGAGCGGCGUCCAUGGCAAAAUUACAUGCCCCGAGUGCAGGAGACAGUUUCAAAUCCCUGGAAGUGGAAAUCCUAACGAACUUCCCACCAAUUUUCGUAUUAACAAUUUGCUAGAUGUCUUGGCAAUAAAAGAAUGCAAUACAACUAACGUGAAAUGUGGAAACUGCGACAAGCGGAGCACCCAGACCUUAUAUUGCUUCCGGUGUUGUUCUUUCUGGUGCGAGGAAUGUAUUUUAGGACAUAACAUGAUACGCAUCAAUAAAGAACACAGAACGCUCGCAGUGAAAGAUUUUCAAGAUCAAGACAUCGAGGCCGUGUUAAAGAGACCGGCAUUUUGUCAGAAGAAACGACAUGAAAAAGAAGAGUUGAAAUUCUUUUGCAAGGACUGUGAGGUCGCCAUUUGCAACACUUGUGCUGUAACACUCCAUGAAGGUCACGGAAAGAUGCUUUUGGAAGAAGCUGCAGAAGCGUGCAAGACUCAGAUCAAAUCCAUUACUCAAUCUUUAAAAGAAAAAGCACAAGAAAAACGAAAAGAACUCGAGCAAUUGAACCAAAAGAGCGAGGAGAUUAAACUGCAAGCAGCCUACUUAAAAAGCCAAGUGCAGACGAAUGUAGAUCAGGUUAUUGCAAUCAUCGAAGCGUGGAAACAGGAUGUUUUUAAUGCAGUCGAUUUUCAAGCGAAAAGUAUCACCGGAAUCUCUCUCACAGAAAAAAGACCAAGUUGAAAAUCAAGUAGAUAUUAUUGAAUCAGCAAUUGAACAAACUUAGUUCUGAAAUCCUUGGAUUCAGUGAAACAUUUGAUACAAUCUUGCAGGAAGAGGGAACCCAAGGAAACCGUGACAUUGAAUGUAUUCCUUGGUUUAAUUUCACUAAAAGUGAAAAACUGAUUAACGAGUUGAACAGUCAAGGGAUAUGAAAUAUAAAAGCUGUUUUAAGCGAGACUAAAAUUCAACAAUUAGGAGCUAAAGGUAAAGAAAGUAGUAAAGUAAUUGUCCGCAAUAAAAAGGGGCAAAUGUUCUUGACAGUCCUCUUGAGACUCAGGUACAAACCAGGAGUUUCAGAUCUGUGCUGUCAUUUGGACAAGAAGGUGAGUCUUUUGGAAUGCCUGCAGGGCCCUGUGGUGUGGCAGUGA